UCGCCUCAGAUGGCCGCUGAACAAGCGAUUUCCACCUCGGCCCUGCGGGUCUUGGAAGAAGCGUUGGGCAUGGGCUUGACGGCUGCUGGGGACACCGCGGAGGCGGUGGCCGCGGAGGGCGCCUACUACCUGGAGCAGGUCACCAUAACUGAGGCAUCUGAAGAUGAUUAUGAAUAUGAAGAGAUACCAGAUGACAAUUUUAGCAUUCCAGAAGGUGAAGAAGAUCUGGCAAAAGCAAUUCAGAUGGUCCAAGAAAAGGAUACAGAUACUCAGAUUUUGGAGCAGAAAACAGUUUUUCCUUCAAAGCAACCUGAAGUAAUAGAAGAUUUUCUCUGCAAUUUCCUAAUCAAAAUGGGAAUGACCAGAACUCUUGAUUGCUUUCAGUCUGAAUGGUAUGAGUUAUUACAGAAAGGACUAACUGGACUUAAAGAUCUUGGGAAUGUUCCAGAUGUCUACACCCAGAAUAUGCUUUUAGAAAAUGAGAACAAAAAUUUGAAGAAAGAUUUGAAACACUACAAACAGGCAGCUAAGUAUGUUAAUUUUUAA